AUGGCACAAAGCGAGAGGGUCGGAUUGGCGAGCGGAUUGGCAGGCUUAAGGAUUGAAACGCAGUUUCAUGACCGAAAAAAGAACCCUCGAUGGGCAGAUCUUAGCAGGAGGGAGGCAACAGCAGUGGGCGAUGGUAUCGAGAGCGAUCACACCAAUCAAACUCAUGAUUAUGCGCAUCGCCGCGAUACUGAUGAAGACCACAGUUUGUUGAGUGAUCUACACUCAGUGACCCCUCCCAUUUCUGUCCCUCGUCACGAUGAACAGCCUCAUCUUGCGGACGAUGCCGACAACUUCCCACACAAGCCCGAUGAUGUGCAAGGAUCUCCACUCGACAGCUAUCUACAGGCUCAUCGACCCUCGAUCUCUUUCAAUCCGAAGGUCUCCGUGGAAUCCGGAAACCAAAUUCCGUUAGAGGAGCCACUGUCAACCGGAGAUGUCAAGAAGCUCCCGCUACAAAGAUUCGAGUCUCGAAGCUCUGGACUCCGAAAUGCUCUCUCGCAGGACGAUGACCAUCCUGAGCCGAAGCAGGAAUCUCCUAGUUGGAGUCCCAAACGGUCUCAGGCUCGGAGUUUCCCGACCGGACAAUCCCGAGCCCAGUCUUUCGCGAAGCCUGAGAAUGGCUCAACCGUGGGCUCAGAGCACGAUCGUCCGACGUCUCUGACGUCUCAAUCGACAGUAUCCCCAGUCACGGAUGGACUACGAACCCCUCCCGACAGUUCUUCCCACUCGAUAUUCUCGCCAUUUUGCGUUUCGUCGCCAUCUCAACCUUUUCCAUCGCCCGAAGAACGAUGUAACUCUUGGUCGGGUGGUAUUUCAACUCCCUUUGGAAGCAAGCGCAGCUCUACUCUCGAUCGUAGUGGCAGUCUUCGGAACUCGACACAGCACAGCUCCCGCCGAUCGACUCUAUCGAGUGGCAAGUCGCCCGCCAGCAUGUUUCUUUCCAUGUGGAGCACCAGCGAGGAGCCUGCUCCACAGCCUGAUGACGAAGGGCAGAUGGUCGGGGAUGAUUAUGUUCUUGGAAAACAAAUCGGCUUUGGCGGCUUUAGUACCGUCAAAGAGGCAUACAAGGCCGAAAAACACGGUGAAACCAAAACCCUUGCAGUCAAGAUCGUCAAGAAACAGAUCACUGGGCGAAGUGAGCAAGAGAACGACGAAGUGCAAGCGGAAUUUGAUCACGAAGUCCGAGUCUGGCGGUACCUCAGCCACCCGCAUGUAUUGACGCUUGAUGCCGUGUACGAAACAGAUUACGCCACGUUUUGCUUCACCAAACUUGCUAUUGGUGGCACUCUUUUUGACCUGGUCCGACAAAAUCGAUCUGGUCUGGAGAUACAGCUAGCAAAGAAAUAUACAUACCAACUAGCAUCUGCGAUUCGUUACUUGCACGAGGAUGCCAGGGUGGUCCAUCGAGAUAUCAAACUUGAGAACUGCCUGCUCGAUCCCGUCGAGGGUCCUGAUGGCACGAUAUCUUCGAACUUGGUACUGUGUGACUUCGGCAUGGCGGAAUGGAUGUCCAUUGACAACGGCGGGGACUCUCCCGAUCCGUAUGAUGACGCUGCUGACCGUCCGCCGCCGCAGCAAAUGGGCCCUGCAGGAUCCAGUACCAGUGUCGCUGGUAGUCUGGAAUAUGCGUCCCCUGAAUUACUCCAGUCAGUCGGGGGUGUCAUUCACCCAUCCGUUGACAUUUGGGCCUUUGGCGUCAUUGUCUAUGCUGUCGUCGUCGGCUCCCGGCCAUUCCAGGACGCUUUUGCGCCCCGCAUCAAGGCCAAUAUCAUUAGCGGUACCUGGGACAGCAAUGCCGUAUUUGGUGGUAUCCAGGAGGACCACCUCCGUCAGGAUCGCCAGAAUGCCCUCGACUUGAUUCGCGGAUGCCUUGAAAUGGACCCCAACAAACGCUGGACUAUCCGGGAUGUACUGGCAUCGCCCUGGCUACGCGAGGUUCGUGAGACGGCCGAACCAACGUCCCCUGAUACUGUGUGGAGACUAUGA